GAGAGCGGCGGAGCCUGGGCGGGCGCUGUGGGGCCUGGGCGGACGCGCGGAGGCACCGCGACCCAGGACCGCGGGCCGGGGGGCAAGCCCUGGUUCCGCACGGCCGCGGCAUCAUGACCGGCCGCGUGUGCCGCGGCUGCGGCGGGACGGACAUCGAGUUGGACGCGGCGCGCGGCGACGCGGUGUGCACUGGCUGCGGCUCGGUGCUUGAGGACAACAUCAUCGUGUCCGAGGUGCAGUUCGUGGAAAGCAGCGGCGGGGGCUCCUCGGCAGUGGGCCAGUUCGUGUCGCUCGACGGUGCUGGCAAAACCCCAACCCUGGGUGGCGGCUUCCACGUAAAUCUGGGAAAGGAGUCCAGAGCCCAGACCCUACAGAACGGGAGGCGUCACAUCCAUCAUCUGGGGAACCAGCUGCAGCUGAACCAGCACUGCCUGGACACAGCCUUCAACUUCUUCAAGAUGGCCGUGAGCAAACAUCUGACCCGGGGCCGCAGGAUGGCUCAUGUGACUGCUGCCUGUCUCUACCUGGUCUGCCGCACGGAAGGCACACCACACAUGCUCCUGGACCUCAGCGACCUGCUUCAGGUGAACGUGUACGUGCUGGGAAAGACGUUUCUUCUCUUGGCGAGAGAGCUCUGCAUAAAUGCACCGGCCAUAGACCCGUGCCUCUACAUCCCCCGCUUUGCCCACCUGCUGGAGUUUGGGGAGAAGAACCAUGAGGUGUCCAUGACAGCCCUGAGGCUCCUGCAAAGAAUGAAGAGGGACUGGAUGCACACGGGCCGGCGCCCCUCGGGUCUCUGUGGAGCAGCCCUUCUGGUAGCAGCUAGAAUGCACGAUUUCAGGAGAACUGUCAAAGAGGUCAUCAGCGUGGUCAAAGUGUGUGAGUCCACACUGCGGAAGAGGCUCACAGAAUUUGAAGACACCCCCACCAGCCAGCUGACCAUUGAUGAGUUUAUGAAGAUUGACUUAGAGGAGGAAUGUGACCCCCCCUCGUACACUGCUGGGCAGAGAAAGCUGCGUAUGAAGCAGCUUGAGCAAGUCCUGUCAAAAAAACUGGAGGAGGUUGAAGGGGAAAUAUCCAGUUACCAAGAUGCGAUUGAGAUUGAACUAGAAAAUAGCCGGCCAAAGGCGAAGGGGGCUCUGGCCAGCCUGACCAAAGAUGGCCCCGUUGAGGACACCACCUCCAGCUUGCUUGGCGAGGAAGACACAGAGGAUGAGGAGCUGGAGGCUGCUGCCAGCCACCUGAACAAGGACUUCUACCAGGAGCUUCUCGGCAGCAACACCCCAGGCAGCUCGGAAGCAGCAGGAAGCCCUGAGGGAGUCAUCAGGCCCCCAGCCCUGGAGUCCCUGCUGGGUCCCUUGCCUACAGCAGCCAGUCUGGGCAUUUCCGAAUCCAUCCGAGAGUGCAUUUCAUCCCAGAGCCGGGACCCUACAGACACCUGUGGAGAUGGCGAGCUGGACCUCAGUGGCAUUGAUGACCAUGAAAUCGACCGAUACAUCCUGAAUGAGGCGGAAGCGCGUGUGAAGGCUGAGCUGUGGAUGAAGGAGAACGCUGAGUACCUGCGCGAGCAGAGUGAGAAAGAGGCCAGAAUCGCCAAGGAAAAGGAGCUGGGCAUCUACAAGGAGCACAAGCCCAAGAAGUCUUGCAAACGACGGGAACCAAUUCAGGCCAGCACAGCUGGGGAAGCCAUUGAGAAGAUGCUGGAGCAGAAGAAAAUCUCCAGCAAGAUCAACUACAGCGUGCUGCGGGACCUCAACAGCACUGGCGGGGGCAGCCCUCGGGGGGAGGACACCCAGCCCGAGGAUAGGGGCAGUGCCAGAAAGCUGUCACGGAGGAAAACGCCAGCCAGCAGAAAUGUGGCUGACCCUGUGACCAGCAUGGGGAAAAGGUUGAGGCCUCUGGUGUCUGUGCAGCCAGCUAAGAAGGUGGCCGUGGGACAGGCCUUGCUCCCUAGCACCCCUGCCCUUGGAGCUGACCUGGCUAAGCCUGAGGCGGUCUUGGUGGAAAGUGGACCAGUGUCGUACCACCUUGAUGAGGAGGCAGAUGAGGAAGACCCUGAUGAGGAGGAUGGGGAGCAUUGUGUCAGUGCCCUGCAGAUGAUGGGCGGCAGUGAUUAUGGCUGUGAUGGUGAUGAUGAUGAAGGCUACUAAGUGAGGCCUGGAGGCCCAGCGCCUUGGCAGUGGGCCCUGAGCGUGUCUCCUGAGGAUCAUAUGGGCCUCCCAGGCUGUGCCCUGGCAUGAGUGUAGAGACUGAGGUGCCGGGACGAGCGCUGCCCACCUGCUCCACAGCCCUCGCCCCACAGCCGCACGCAGCCUCCUGGGACUUAGCAUUGAGAUCAUGUUUUGAGCAAUGAAAGGAGUAUUUUUACCCAGCAAGAGAAACUGCACCGAAUGCCUACAUGUGUCUGUAGGAUAUAGACUGGGAGUGCCCAAGGCUGGAUCCCAGCCUGCUAGCCCUCCACCUACCCAGGAUCCCUCAAAGGUGGGCAGUCCUGUUCCCACUAUAAGGAAACUGAGGCAUGAGGCAGCCCCACCGCUGGUCCAAGGGAGCAGAGGGCUAAGUGUGCUGUCCCUGAGGCUCCAGGACCCUAGUCUAGAGCUCUCAGUGUGAGUGUGCUACCCUCCCACCAUCCUGAGAAGCUCUGUGUGCCCAGCCCCCUCUGCUGGGCCUGGUGUCAGGGAAGGCAGUAGGAGAUCAGGGUCUCCCCAUGGUCACUGGACACUGUACUGCUCCCCACACACCAUGGCUGUGUGGGUCUGGGGAUGGCCCUCAAUCCCCAGCUACAGCCCCUCCUCCAGACCCUGCCACCCACAGGCUGCCCCUGGUGAGUAAGUGUGGUCGGCAGCUGCAGGCAUCUGUGAGCACAGCUCUCUAAUGUCCUGGCCUGGGUGUGCCUAUGGCUCAAGAGAGCUAGGACUGGGCUCUGCAUACAUGGAGAGCAGGCAGGGGGUCCCUGAGCCACCCUGAGGCCCAGGCCUCUUCACUGGGGGUUCCCAAGGACCACCUUUAGGGUCUUAGCUCAGUCAUCACUGCCUGAGGGGAAGGACAGGUGCUCCUAGCCUUGAUGUGGCCCCACUCUGUCCCCCUGGGAAAACAUGGCCUCCGUGGCAGAGCUGUGCCACACUGUCCUCCAGCACAUCCCUCAGCCUCCUGGUGUGGUGAGCUGGGAGUCCUGCCCACUGUUUGACCCCCAGCAGGCCAGAGCCCCCUCACCCCCAUAAUGCAGUAGAGCCCUUGUGGCUGUGCCUCUCUGCCUCCACCCCGUGGCCAGCUACACCCAGAGCCUCUGGGAGGCUGGGGGCAAGGAUGGACUUAGUGAAACAAAGAUCUGCUACUUGAAGGAAA